UUCUCUCUCUUUCUUUUCAGAGAGAGAGAGAGAGAGAGAGAGACACGGGGUGUGAUGGGUGGACCCACCGGUAAUAAUGUACUACUCCUACUACUACCAGAUUAUUGAGAUUAUAUUCAUUUUUUUGGCGCAACUGUGACCAAUACGACAACCGGAGAACAAAAAAAAAAUUUACCCACUUCUUCUUCCUCUCUCUCUCUUUCUCUCUCUGACAUUCACAUCCAUCCUAAAGAACAUUUCCCCAUCCACCUUUUCUUCCAUCCACCCAACCCAACUUGUCCACUCCUAUUUGAUUUUUAUCUCUUCCCGGCACGUAUAUUUCUCGCCGCCGCCGCCUCCCAUCCACUUACUCUCGCUCAGGAUAGCUAGACUCCACCAGCUUACCUACAGUGGUUAUGUGGGUUGCUCUCAAUUGGAAUCAUGGUUGCGUGGGUGUACUGUUUCUCGACUUUUGGGGAAGAAGCGAGGCUGAUUAGCUCUAACUAAAUUCCUAAGAAGGGGUUUUUCACUCUCGGAAAUUUGAGAUCUGCUACUUGUCAACUCGGUACUGCCCCUUUGCCCUUUUUUGGGGGUUUUCCAGGUGUGGAUUUGGAACUUUGGACAAUCCAAUGGAGAUGAGUGUUGGAGGUGAGGCUCCUCUUUUUUAUGGUACGGGUUCCGCAAAUUUGAGGGCAGUUGGGAAGAGGAGUCUGGAGUGGGAUCCUAAUGACUGGAGAUGGGAUGGGGAUCUUUUCAUUGCUACUCCACGGAAUUCCAAUCAAUUAAAUUACCAGAACAGACAAUUAUCCCAACUUGGGGCUGGAAUUCCCGUGACUGGUGGUUCAUCCAACAGUUCGUCAUCGUGCUCUGAUGAUGUGAAUACUGGCAAUGACAAAGGGAAAAUGGAGUUGGAGAAACGGAGGAGGGUAUUUGUUGUCGAAAAUGAAAGUUUAAAUGAUGAAACCGGGAACCUGUCUUUAAACCUUGGCAGAGAUGGCCAUCCAAUUACUGGAAGGGAGGUUGCUGACUGGGACGGGACAAAUGGAAAGAAGACCAAGUUUCUCGGGACGACUUCAAACCGUGCGGUUUGUCAGGUAGAGGAUUGUGGGGCUGACCUGAGGAAUGCCAAGGAUUAUCACAGACGACACAAGGUUUGUGAAAUUCAUUCCAAGGCUAGUAAGGUGCUAGUUGGGAAUGUUCUCCAGCGCUUCUGCCAGCAGUGCAGUAGGUUUCAUGUACUUGAAGAGUUUGAUGAAGGGAAGCGAAGUUGUCGGAGACGUUUAGCAGGUCAUAAUAAGAGGAGGAGGAAGACACAACCUGAUGCUGGUGUUAAUAACAGUUCUUUGAAUGAUGACCAGGCUAGUGGUUAUCUGUUGAUGAGUCUACUAAGAAUACUUUCCGACAUGCAUUCCAAUAGAUCAAACCAAACCAGUGAUCAGGAUCUAUUAUCUCAUCUUUUAAGAAGCCUUGCAAGCCACGGUGGUAGCCUUGAAAAUAAUAACAUCUCUGGGCUCCUGCAAGAAUCUCAGAAUUUGAUGAAUAGAGGAACUUCUAGAGGAACUAUAGAAAUGGUUUCGGCUGUGCUUUCUAAUAGUCCUCAAGGUCCUUCAACACCUGUUCAGCAAAUUCACCCAGUAACUGCGCCUGAGGUGCCGCGAAGAGGAUUGUGUGCUGAGGAUGCAAGGAUUCAAGAUAUAAAAUCUACAACUCUUCAAUCUCCAGCCUUUUCUGAAGCCAGAGACAGUUCUCCAGGGAGACAUAGGUUGAAUAAUUUCGAUUUGAAUGAAGCUUAUGUUGAUUCAGAUGACGGUACAGAAGGUCUGGAGAGGACACCUGUGCCGCUGGGUGUGGGUACUGAUUCUCUUGAAUGCCCUUCAUGGGUGCAAGGCUCUCAUCAGUCAAGUCCACCUCAGACAAGUGGGAAUUCGGAUUCAGCAUCUACUCACUCGCCUUCUAGUUCCAGUGGAGAAACUCAGAGCCGCACGGACCGAAUUGUUCUCAAACUAUUUGGGAAAGAACCAAGUGAUUUUCCUUAUGUCCUACGUGCACAGAUUCUGGAUUGGUUAUCUCAUAGUCCUUCUGACAUUGAGAGCUACAUCAGGCCGGGUUGUGUUGUUUUGACACUUUAUCUUCGCCUGUCUGAUUCUGCAUGGGAGGAGCUUCAGUGUGAUCUGACUUCCAGUUUGAGUAGGCUUCUGGAUGCCUCUGACAACGACAUAUUCUGGAGAAUUGGAUGGUUAUACAUAAGAAUGCAGCAUCAAAUAGGCUUUCUGUACAAUGGUCAGGUUGUUGCGGAGACUUCCUUGCCCUCAAAGAAUGAUGCUUACAGUUCCAUUCUAAGUAUCAAACCAAUUGCAGUACCUUCAUCAAAGAGAGCUCAAUUCAUGGUCCAAGGUUUUAACUUGAAACGGUCCUCCAUGAGGUUACUCUGCGCACUUGACGGGAAUUAUCUAGUUGAAGAUGAUACUGAUGAGUUGGUAGAGAGUGUUGUUAGCCUCAUAGGCAAUGAUGAGCUCCACUGCAUCAACUUUUCUUGCUCUAUUCCUGCAGUUACUGGACGGGGAUUUUUUGAGGUUGAAGAUCAUGGUCUCAGCAGCAGCUUCUUUCCUUUCAUAGUUGCAGAGAAGGAUGUUUGCUCUGAGAUUUGUACACUUGAGAGUGCAAUUGAUUUGACUGAGACUGAUGAUAUUCAAGUGAAAAAUGCAAAACUGGAAGUGAGAAAUCAAGCCAUGGAUUUUGUGCAUGAAAUGGGCUGGCUCCUCCACAAAAGUCACUUGAAGUCCAGAUUGGGUCAGUUGGAUCCUGCUUCAGGACACUUUACUUUAACACGAUUCAGGUGGCUUAUAGAAUUUUCCAUGGACCAUAAUUGGUGUGCUGUAGUCAAGAAUCUAUUGGACAUUCUUCUGGAUGGAACUGUGGGUGCAGGAGAGCACCCAUUCCUGAAGUCUGCACUAUGUGAGAUGGGUCUGCUUCACAGAGCUGUACGGAGAAAUUCUAGGCCUCUGGUCGAGUGCCUUUUGAGAUAUGUACCUGAUAAUGUUUCAGAUGAAUUAAGAUCUGAAUUCAGUUCUCUGGCCGUGGGUGAUGAAUACAUUUUAUUCCGGCCAGAUGUGGUAGGCCCUGCUGGUUUAACUCCCCUCCAUGUUGCAGCUGGUACAGAUGGUUCUGAGGAUAUUCUGGAUGCGUUGACUGAUGAUCCUGGAAAGGUGGGAGUUGAAGCAUGGACAAGUGCUCGCGACAGCUCGGGUUUCACACCUGAAGAUUAUGCUCGAUUGCGGGGACACUACUCUUACAUCCACUUAGUCCAAAGAAAAAUCAACAACCGUGGAGCAGUAAUUGGACAUGUGGUGAUUGAUUUUCCUGGUUCGCUGUUGGAAUGCAAUGUCAACCAGAAGAAAAAUAAGCAGGAGGUUGCCAGCUUUGAGAUUGGAGGUUCUGGAAUAAGAUCCAUUCAGCGGCCGUGCAGACUUUGUGAUAAGAAGCUAGCUUAUGGAAAUGCUAAAAGUUAUCAUGUGUACAGGCCUGCAAUGCUUUCAAUGGUGGCCAUUGCUGCUGUAUGUGUUUGUGUGGCUCUUAUCUUAAAAACCUCACCUAUAGUUGACUGUCUGUUCCACCCCUUCAGGUGGGAAUUAGUAGACUUUGGAUCUAGCUGAGUCUUUUUAACUUGCUAUUCUGAUAAGGUGUUUGAUUGUUGUGAGUUUUAAACCUUGAAGUUGAGCUAUCCUGUAGUACUAGUAGUGCCUUGGGGAGGUUUCACGUUCAGCUAAUGUUAUCUACCUGUUUAUGUUGUGUGUA